CUGCAACUGCUUGGAACCUCACUUCCUUCACUUUAAUGUCCAAAUUUCAAUGGACCAAUUAAUCCAUACCUUUUCCAUUCUCUAUAUAAACGUAUAACUGGAUGACACUGUCCCCUACCAGCAGCAAACCAUCCAUAAUUUGUUUCUUUCUUUCCCUGCUGCUUACAGAGAUUCCAUUAAUGCAAGAGCAAACCAGUAGCAAUCACCAUGGGGGUACCUCUUCAUGCUACAGAGGUGUACGUAAGAGAAAAUGGGGGAAGUGGGUGUCUGAGAUACGCGAACCCGGGAAGAAAACUAGGAUUUGGUUAGGUAGUUUUGAGACACCUGAAAUGGCAGCCACUGCUUAUGAUGUUGCUGCUUUAUAUUUCAGAGGACGUGAAGCUAAGCUUAAUUUCCCUCAUUUAGUUCACGAUCUUCCUAAUCCAGCAAGUCCUAAUGCUGAUGACAUCCGAAUGGCAGCCCACGAAGCUGCCCUUCGCCUUAGGUCAUUGCCUAUACCCGAGCGUGAAGGCAGCAAUGGCGGUGGCGGUGGCGGGAGCGGGGGCAGUGGCUCCAGCUCCAGCGUGGUGGGUCCUAUCACGGUUAGGCUGUCGCCGAGAGAGAUUCAAGCUAUCAAUGAGUCACCAUUGGACUCACCCAAGAUGUGGAUGCAAAUGGCAACAAUGGAAGACUCUAUGAUGUUUGCCAAUGAUGAUGGUGUGGAUGAUGAGUGGGAUAGCAUGCAAAAUGAUUCUCUAUGGGAUUCUUAAUUAGGUAUCUCUAUACUUCUCCGGAUUCAAUACUUCAUUAAUUCUGCAGAAUCGUGCUUUCUGAUACUAAUUAUUGAUUAAUUAUUUGUAGCCUCCAAUAUAUAAUAAUUCAAUAGUUAUGAUUCCUGGUUUAGUACAUUGGUACGAACAUAAACAUGGACUAAGCAAGAAUAUCUGGUUUUUCCUUAUUAUUGGAAAAGAAGAAAAAGAAAGGAAGGGCUCUGAAUUUUGAAGGAGGGACUUUCUAGUAUUCGGUGUCAUAGUUACUGUACUGUUCCAUUGAAUAGUAAACGAAGGAAAAGGGUUGAAAACUUUGUAGUUAUAGUUUCAUAAAAAAAGGUGAAAGGUUCUGAUUUUGGGUUCAUCAAUUUGAUUGGUGGUGUAGUGCAAUGGGGGCCACACGUAUUGACAUCUAAAGGCCUCUCUUUUGUCACUCUCUUGUAAUUUUAUUUUGUUGUUUUGUUAGUAUAUGUAAUAUAAUUAUAAUAUUUUUCCUAAUUGAUUGGAAUGA